UGAUGACCUAUGAUCAUAUAGAAAUUACCUUCAGUGAUCUGGAACCUAUGCCAGAUGCCUUCAAAGGGACCAAGAAGGGGAGUGUUUUCUUGACUCCUUACCGAGUUAUCUUUGUAUCAAAGGGAAAGGAUGCUAUGCAGUCUUUUGUGAUGCCCUUCUAUUUGUUGAAAGAUUGUGAGAUUAAGCAACCUGUCUUUGGGGCAAAUUAUAUCAAGGGUACAGUGAAAGCAGAGGCAGGAGGAGGCUGGGAAGGAUCUGCCACCUUCAAGAUGACCUUUUCAGCUGGGGGUGCCAUCGAGUUUGGGCAGCGUAUGUUGCAGGUGGCAUCACAAGUCUCCAGAGGUGAAAUACCCAACGGAGCUUAUGGCUAUUCCUAUAUGCCAAAUGGAUCCUAUGCUUUUGCACCAGCUGCAGCUAAUGGGGGCUAUCCAUACCCACCACCUCCUCCUGAGUUUUAUCCUGGCCCUCCAGGGGCAGAUGGGGACAUGGGGUACAUGCAGCUCCCACCCCCACCCUACCCAGGGCCCAUGGAACCCCCAGUCAGUGCUCCAGACCUGCCUGCCACUCCUGCAGCUGAAGCAAAGGCUGCUGAAGCUGCUGCCAGUGCUUAUUACAGCCCAGUCAACCCACACAAUGUCUAUGUUCCCACGGACCAGCCACCCCCUCCUCCAUACUUCCCACCAGAGGACAAGAAAAACCAAUAAGCUAACCCAGAACUUCUCCACCACUCCUUGCUUUCUUACUUCCCACUUUGACAGAAUCUUGGGCUGCAGUCCAUAGCACUGAGGAGUGGAGCCUUCCCCCAAGGCACAUAGCUUUCCUGGACUCUAGUGGUAGAUGUGUGCAAAGCAAGGGGAGAGAUUCCAGCAGCCUGGAAGACCUUGGAGAGCUCUUGAGGGUGCCCUGUCCUGCCGCACUAUUUCCUUCUCCCUGCAUGUGGCAUCACUAGCACUGGAGGUUCUCUU